AUGGCUCGACUUCGGGCGCUUGUGGCAACACUCGUUUUAUUUCUUGCUUUUCCUCAUAAUGUCCGGGGGGAUAAUAAUGCUUCGGCUGAGCUCACGAAGCUGCCCUCUUGUGGUCUCGAUUGCUUCACAGCCACUGUUCCGAAUACAACGUGCAGCCCAGCAGACCUAAGUUGCGUCUGCACUGAUUCGACUUUCCAACCCUUAGCAUCCCAGUGUGUACAGAGCAGGUGUACGGUACGCGAGGCUUUUGAAAUCAAGAAAAUCGAAGACGAAGCCUGCGAUCGACCUACCCGAAGCCGGAAAGGGAUUCUAUUGAUACCCCUAGCAGCCGAGAUACCUGCUUGGGCAUGUCCUUGGGUCCAUCUUUACUCGAGGCUAACCACUAGCAACAGAUUGGAGGUUGAUGACUGGAUAACAAUAAUUGUUGGAGUAUGUGGUUAUUCGUUUGCAUUUACGCCCUCGAACCGAGUGAACCGCAAACUGACUAAUUGUUUAGGUUCUAUACAGCGCAUUCAUGGUGCUAGGACAAUACGGUAUGUGGAUUAUUCUGCCGAAUAUCUCUUGAUAUGCGGUACAGCUUUUGCUAACACUAUCGGUACCUUAGUUGGUCAAAGGUCUUUUGGUGUUGAUAUAUGGACUUUAGAUCCAGAUGCCUUAACCAUGUCAUUCAAGUUAUUCUACGUGAACGAGUCCCUCUACGUAGUAACUUUGUGCUUAUGCAAAGUUUCUAUACUCUUCUUAUACCUCCGGAUGUUUCCUAGUCAACAAUUUCGCUCAGCCGUAUAUGGUGCCUUACUAUUGACCAUUCUACCUACCUUUGUAAUAAUGUUUCUACAAAUAUUCCAGUGUAUUCCGAUUGCAUACAUCUGGGAGGGCUGGCAGAAGCCAGACUACGUCGGCUACUGUUUGAACCUCAACCACCUAGCCUUCAUCUCAGCUGGGUUCAGCAUCGUCCAAGAUUUAGUCAUCCUUAUCCUCCCUCUCCCUUCUUUAUUCCAGCUCACCAUUAACAUUCGGGACAAGAUUGGGUUGGUCUUCAUAUUCAGCCUCGGCCUCUUCGCCACGGCCAUCUCGUGUCUCCGAACGCUCUACAUCAUAAAGUUCGACCGCUCCAACACCAACCCCACUUGGGAGUAUGUCGAUCUCAUAGUUUGGACCGGCCUCGAGGUAGCUGUUGCGGUCAUUGUGGCGUGCCUACCAGCCAUUUGGGUUCUCCUGAAGCGUUACGUCCCGUGGCUUUCUGGCUCGGAUCGCAGUGGAUACAUAAAGACACCGAGCAGGACAGAUGUCGAUUCCGUAGGCACGAGGAGGCCAAUAACCAAGGGCGACAUACGACAUAUGGUUAUGCUCCAUGAUAACCAUGAUGGGGAAGAAGAUGGGGCAAGGGCUGAGUUGGCACCGCCGCCAUCAGCAGCACAUCCCGCUAAGAAGAUACGGAAGCUCCCCGACUUUGGGCUCUGGUAUUUUGGCUAUGAAUCGGCCAAAGAGCAUCGGUACGAACACAAUUGGGUCGGGUUUAUCGAGCCACUACGAAACCAAUCCUUUUUGAGGGCUUGA